AUGUCACAACCUGCUUCUCGAGCACAAUCUCGGGCUUCCUCGGUGGCUUCAGACCAUGAAGGGGGUCCGCAACAAUCUGCGUCUGCUCGCCGUCGAUCCCGCAAUCGCCGAGGUCGCAGCCGUACCCCACGCAGCCUCUCCGCAUCUUCAGAGGAUACCGGACCGCAUGAUGUCCCUCGUCGAAAGCGUGGCGGCAAGAAAGGUGGUCUGCCUGCCGUAGGAGAAGUCGACGAAGCCGCCGGCGCCGUCGGUAACACGGCUAAAGGCGCGGUUGAUACCGUUGGCGACGUUGCUGGCAGUGUUGCUGGCGGCGGCGGUGGCGGGGAUAAACCGCUGAAGCUACGGUUGGACUUGAAUCUAGAAGUCGAGGUCACCCUCAAAGCUAGAGUGCAUGGUGACUUGACACUGGCCCUGUUCAUGCCACCGUCAACCCAAGCAUCAUCCCCCGCUUCUGCUACUGGUGUAAACGGCCACCACAAUAUCCCAGGCGAGCGAAGCCCGUCGUCUGCUGGAGGCCACCAGGUACAGCACCACGCGCCUCGGCGCAGGCGUCGCCGACGAGGAGCAAGUGCGAAAGGAAACGCCGUAAAAAAAGCGCAGUUGGCUGAAGUUGAUGGUAAUGAGGAUGACAAGAACGUUGGGGCGAUCAGGCUGGAUCUGAAUCUCGAGGUGGAUGUGACAUUGAAGGCUCGAUUACGUGGAGAUUUAACACUGUGUCUAGAGUAA